ACAGUGAGUAUGAUGAUAUCAUUAUCUUGGGCUUUAAAAAAAUCGGACAAAGGUGCGUGUGUUGUGUGUGGCUCUGGCUGCGUCCCUCUCACUCUGCCUCCCCUCUUUUGCUUCCCUCUUCUACUCCCCAAGCAGUGCUAACAUAGAGCUAUAUUCGGAUAACAACUUCUCACAGCUUGGGUCUUUGACAACUGAUAACUGGAAUUGAAGAGGACACCAAACCCUCCUUUUCUAUUGUCUCUCUUGAAUGGUUUGGUUCUCUAUUUUCACUGAUUGAAUCUCUAUUUCGCUCUCUCUUUAUACUGUUUGAUAAAGUGGGUAGAGAAUAAAGAGAAGGAUUUAUGGAGUUUCAGCAACAUUCGCUCCCUCUCUUUAUCUGAACUGUUGGAUUUCGAAUUGGGUUUCGACUGAAUGAGCCUCCCAUGCCUUUAUUAGAUAUUGCUACCUCGCAACCUAAUUUCCAAAAUCAUGUAUAUGUACUUAGAGCUCAAACCCUCUUUCAUAGUAAAUUUAUGCUGGGCAAUGAGAAGAGAUUGGCCUCUCCAUGGAAGUCCUUCCAAAUACCCAAAAGAGCAAAAAAAUUCAAUUUGGGGAACAUUGAGAUGCAGAGGAGCGGACUUGUGAUUAGGGCAGUUGCCACAUUUGAACCUAAGUGCACGGUUGUGAGCGACAACAGACACAAGGAUCGCCUUAAUUUACGGGAACAUAUUGAUUCUAGAAGUUCCCCAUUGAUUCAACCUCAAUCUUCAAAUGAAGACCCGGAUGAACCGGAUGAGAGAGAGAAGUUGAGGCGGAUGAGGAUUUCCAAAGCAAAUAAAGGGAACACGCCAUGGAACAAAGGCAGGAAGCACAGUGCAGAAACCAUACAGCUGAUCAAAGAGAGAACAAGACUUGCAAUGCAGGAUCAAAAGGUCAAGAUGAAGUUGGUUAACCUGGGACAUGCUCAGAGCAAAGAAACAAGGAUGAAAAUUGGGAUUGGAGUGCGGAUAGGUUGGGAAAGGCGUCGUGAGAAACUGUUGCUGCAGGAAACUUGCUACUUUAAAUGGCAGAACUUGAUAGCAGAAGCCUCCAGAAGGGGCUUUCUUGGAGAAGAAGAGCUUCAGUGGGAUUCAUACAAGAUCUUGGAUGAACACCUUGAGCAGGAGUGGAUGGAGAGUGUUGAACAAAGAAAAAGUAUGCCUCGGCCGAAAGGGAGCAAGAGAGCACCCAAGUCAGCUGAGCAGAGGAGGAAAAUUUCAGAGGCCAUUUCUGCCAAAUGGGCUGAACCUGAUGCAUCACAUGUGCAACAUUUGAAAGCGACCAUUGGACAGGGUUACCGCGAUCGGGUUUGCACUGCCCUUGCUAAAUAUCAUGGAAUACCUGCUGUUGGAGCUGAAAAUAGGUCAAGGAGAAAGCCAAGUGGUGACCGACAGCCUAGGAAAAAGAAGAAAGCUGUUGAUGCGGAUAAUUCCCCAACGAAUGAGACUAAGAGCCAACGUCCACGAUCUAGGUUGAAAAGAAGUAAUAUGCCAUUGUACAAGGAUCCUCUGGCGACUUCCAAACUUGAGAUGAUAAAGAAUAUCAGAGCGCAGAGAGCAGCUGCAGAAACUAAGAAAACUGAAGCCAUUGAACGAGCAAAGCUAUUGAUUGCUGAAGCUGAGAAAGCUGCAGAGGCCCUUGAGGUAGCUGCAAUGAGGAGCCCUCUUGCUCAAGCUUCCCUCAUUGAAACCAGGAAGCUCAUAGCAGAAGCAAUUCAGUCCAUUGAAUCCAUUGAUGCUGAACCGGUUGACUAUCUUGAAAAUGGCACACACCCUUCAUUUGCCUCAGCCAACCUGGUAAACCAUGUCGACAAAGAAAAAGAUGCUGGAAAUGAAGGACCAUGCCAAACAGAACAGAUAAAAAUAAACGGUAAUGGAGCUGCCUUAGAAUCAAACGGGAAUGGAGCUUUAGAAUCAAGGAGAAGUGAUAUGGAGGACAGCGAUUUUGUUAACUUCACCUUGCAGGAUUUACUCAAUGGUAAUGAUGAACUUCUUCCGACAAGCCCCAAUGGCUAUGAUUCAUUAUAUACUACUGAGGAACUUCAUCAAAGAGGCACAAUUGAUUAUGGUUUGACUUCAACUGAGUUGGACAAGCAAUCCAGCUUCACAGGGAAACUGGAUCAGCUUGAACCAAAUGGGAAUGACAUACAUGAAACUUUGCCGCCACCAAGUGUAGCCAAAUUUCGGUCCGGGAAAGAGGAAACACCACGCAAAUCGACUUCCAUAACUAAGAAAUGGGUUCGUGGGAGGCUGGUUGAAGUGACAGAAGAAGAAGAUUAGCCUUAGUUUUCAAGUUGCUGUUAAAAGGUAUAAAACAUAUGAUACACAUUUUGAUCACAGCCAUUUAGACCAGAGAACUAUGCGGUUGUCAUUCGGGUUUCAUAGUUCAUUUUCAUAGUAUUAUAUGUAUUACAUUCAUAACACCCAUUGUCACAAGAAUAUUUAGUUAAUAGCACAGUACUUGAAGUAUCAUUAGUGUAGGUCUCCAUAUUGUAUAUCUUGCAAUUUAAGUUGUAUCUGAAUUACUAUUUAAGUCACCAGAUACCCUCAUUUCUUCUUACGCAUGCGUUCGAUAUACAAUACCCUCAUUUCAUCUUA